GGCCAGCUAACCAGUAAAUGUGUUGACGUUAGCUUACAAUACAUAUACAUAUAUAUUUAUAGAUGUAGCCUAGUGUAAGAUAAACGAGAUCGCGUUUAGCUAAUGUGAGAGUAUAACCUCUCGUGAGGUAGCUGAUUAUUAUAGAAGAAGGUUAGCUGAUGAAUGUCUUUUAGCAUUAGCAGUUAGCCCAGCUAGCCAAAAUAACAGUAACGCAAGCUAAGGCUGGAUAGCGUAGCAACAUUUAGGCAGCUAAAGCCACUCUCUUAUCAUCGUCUACCACCGGUCCCCAGUGCCCUACUGGUGGGUGAAAUCACUGCAUAGAGGAUACAGCUGCAAAGCCUCCCCAAGGUUGAAACCUAAGGAGCAAGAUGUCAAUCACGAACACUCCCACAAGUAACGAUGCCUGCUUAAGCAUUGUGCACAGCUUGAUGUGCCACCGCCAGGGAGGGGAGAGCGAAAGCUUUGCUAAGCGAGCCAUCGAGAGUCUUGUCAAGAAACUGAAGGAGAAGAAAGAUGAGCUGGACUCCCUUAUCACAGCCAUCACUACAAAUGGAGCUCAUCCCAGCAAGUGUGUAACCAUACAACGAACUUUGGAUGGACGCUUACAGGUUGCAGGGCGGAAAGGUUUCCCCCAUGUUGUCUAUGCCCGGCUGUGGCGGUGGCCUGAUCUACAUAAGAAUGAAUUAAAACAUGUUAAAUAUUGCCAGUAUGCCUUUGACCUCAAAUGUGAUAACGUGUGUGUCAACCCAUACCACUAUGAAAGGGUUGUCUCCCCAGGCAUUGACUUAUCAGGACUGACCCUUUCCAGUUCAGGACCACUCUUGGUAAAGGAUGAAUAUGACUAUGAUAACCAGCCAUCUCACUCCAGCUCUGAAAGCCACCUGCAGACUAUCCAGCAUCCCCCGUCAAGGCCAGGUCCACCAGAACCUUUCAGCAGUCCAGCUCUACUCCCCCCACUCGCCCCAGUUGAUGGCACCAGUUCAGCUUCAACCUCUGCUUUCUCUACCAUCAGUGCUGGACCCUCAAAUCCUCCCCCAAACUGGAGCAGAAACAGCAGCUUCCCCCCUUCAGUGCCCCAACAUCAGAAUGGGCAUCUACAACAUCAUCCGCCCAUGCCUCACACAGGGCAUUACUGGCCUGUUACUAAUGAAAUAGCGUUCCAGCCCCCCAUAUCCAGUCACCCUGCCCCAGAAUACUGGUGCUCCAUUGCGUACUUUGAGAUGGAUGUCCAGGUCGGGGAGACGUUUAAGGUGCCAUCCACAUGUCCGAUAGUGACUGUGGAUGGCUAUGUGGAUCCCUCGGGAGGAGAUCGUUUCUGUUUGGGCCAGCUGAGCAAUGUCCACAGGACGGAGAACAUAGAGAGAGCCAGGCUUCACAUUGGCAAAGGUGUGCAGCUGGAGUGCAAAGGCGAAGGAGACGUUUGGGUGCGCUGUUUGAGUGAUCAUGCAGUGUUCGUGCAGAGCUAUUACUUAGACCGAGAAGCCGGACGUGCUCCUGGAGAUGCAGUUCACAAGAUCUACCCCAGUGCUUACAUAAAGGUGUUUGACUUGCGUCAGUGCCACAGGCAGAUGCAGCAGCAGGCAGCAACAGCUCAGGCAGCAGCUGCAGCCCAAGCAGCGGCGGUGGCUGGGAAUAUUCCCGGGCCUGGCUCUGUGGGAGGCAUCGCCCCUGCCAUUAGUUUGUCUGCUGCUGCUGGCAUUGGGGUUGAUGACCUGCGUAGGCUGUGUAUCCUGCGGAUGAGCUUUGUGAAAGGCUGGGGGCCCGACUACCCACGGCAAAGCAUCAAAGAGACACCCUGCUGGAUCGAGAUCCAUUUACACCGAGCUCUGCAACUACUGGAUGAAGUUCUGCACACCAUGCCCAUAGCUGACCCUCAACCUCUUGACUGAGUUUGAAGACAUAAACUGUACAAAAAACAAACAAACAAAACAAACAGACAAAAAACUCUUGACUCUACUUUUAACAGACCACUCCACAUAUAGGCUUGGAGUUGAAGGAGGACCGCAGGGAAGCCUAGCUGAGUAGGUUGUAGGAGUGGAAACAAGGACAUUAAAGGCCGGCAGUAUACUCUGAACACACUGCUUUAAAACCCAGCACUACGAGCAGUUCCCAGUAUAAUGAACGAGACUCCAGGUCUGUAAAUUCAGUGACUUCCAAACAAAAGCUGGAGGAACAUGUGAGUCACACGGGAAGGAGUCGUGGUACACUGGAAACAUACUGCCAAGAGGAUGCACAUGAUGGAAGAAUACAAAAACAUUAUGACACUCACAUGAAUUAAAAAAACGUGUCCACACUGAAAUUAUAAGGUGGAAAAAGUGUCUCAAUAAUUUAACCGUAGUGCUGUGCAAAAGCAUUGUGUCAUUACAGCAGAAUGUUAAGUGUCAAACCAGAAAUUAUUCACUGUUGUGUUCUGUGGACAUCUCGUCUAUUUAAUAUUUCAUUUUUACAAGCAUCCUCACAACUGAGUGACAACCUUACUUUUCUGAACUAUUUCUUCUAAAGAGGGCAAACUAUUUGGCUUAAAAGGCAAAGCGUUGUAUUUACACUGAUAAUUAACUCUGUCUGACAAAAGAACAUUUGAUUUCAGUUGGAGUAUACUGCCGGUCCAGCCCUCCUUCAUCGGCUCUCGGGUGCCGAUAUGGCUUCAUGUAAGUGGAGUUUUUUCCCCCCUUCAAUGAUCAGGAGAUUUAUGUAAAAUCAUGUUAUUCAUUACUCAUGUUCUUGUAAGGAUGUCAUU